GCGGCCCUCGCUAGCCGUGCGCUCUGAGGAACAGCACAUGUUGGCCGAAACGUCAGCCACCACAACAGAGACGGGGCUCAUCCAGAAUAGCCUGGAAAAUGGGUUGAAUAGUGUUGCAGGGGCUAACGUAUACGUAGCCGGCACUGUGUCACGACUGCGUUGAAUGGAGUGAACGCGAGCCGGUGGUGCAGCCGCGCCGUGACGGCGCACGGCGAGGGCUUCCUGCAGACGCCCGCCUACCCACAGUACUACGUGGGGGAGCUGCGCUGCCAGUGGUCGGUGCGCGCGCCGCCCGGCCAGCGCCUCCUCCUGCGCCUGCUCGACGUCUCCCUCAGAGCUCUGGACUGUGUUCACCCUACACCUCCAAAAGAUGGUUACAUUGUAUACAGGAAUGACACGUAUGGUGAAUACAUGUGUUGCCUGGAUUUUGCAUUCCCUGACACACUGAACAGAUAUAGAGUUCUUCAGUGUGUGAACAAUAAUACCUGGAAUAACACUCUACCAAAUUGUAUCCAACAUCCAGGCAUAAUGGAUGGAAACUACAAUGUGAUAGGACCAAUGAGACUGAACUCUGAUGUUAAUAACACAGUAUACGCAUCAGUCUUAAAUCAUUCAGAUCUCAUGUUUGAUGUUCUACUUCCAACCAUCAUUAUAUGUGUACUAUUGGUUGGCAAUGGCGUGAUAUUGUUUGUUAUCUACUACCUAAGAAAAAGGAGAUUGUCCAGAAAUGUUGAAGAAGAAGCCGGAGCAAUUUGUCAACCACAUGAUGCCACAGAAAGGGCAAUCAGCGUGUAAUGAAAAUCAUCAUGAGUUUAAUUAAAUAUGUAUUUAGCUAUUUAAGAAAGCUGUACAAACCAUCUAGUCUUUUGAAUGUAUUUCAAGCUCAUACAAUGUUUUGAGUACUAAGCAACACCACUGAAAAUGGCACUGCAAACUUCAAACAAAUUUGAAACCUAUACGGUUGAUGUAUAGAUAUAAGUGACUUCAAUAUUCUGCAAUAUUUGCCAUUCCAAAAGACCUCUUAUUUAUUAACACAGUAAAUUGUACAUUGUUAAAAUAAUACUUAACUUUUGAUACUGGGGCAUUUGGACUGCUAAAAAUAAUUACAGAGGUAUAAAAAAUAAUUUUCAUGGGAAAUGUCAAUAUAUCUCAGUGAGAAUAUGUUUUCAAUAUAAGAUGUAUUGUUUGUCAAUCAAAUGAGGUACAAUUAUAAGUUUUUUCGGAACCAUUUGUUUUUUGAAAAUGAAUUAUAAAUGGCCUAGUGAUAUUUAUAUAUUUCCCCCAUUAUCCUAAGAAUUUAUUAUAGAUUGCUCUAUUCAUGUAUACAAAUUUCAGAUUAAUAACUAUCAUUCCUCCAGCACCAAAUUUCAACAUUGUGCCUGGAAGUCUUUGUUUAAGGACACUAAAUGCUAAGUAGUACAGAACAUUCUGAAAAAAAAAACUACUAUUAUGAAUCUGUGAUCUCAGGGAACACUAUUAAUUUUGUACAAGUACAGUAAACUAAAUAAUGACAGAAUUCUUAUCUUUCUUAGUAUUUAUUUGUUACUGUUCUCAGCACUACUGUUUAUGAUAUACAUUUACACAACACGAAUGUUGAUGUCUGAUCUGUUUGCUUGCUCAGUGUAUCCCCUGCAUUGAAAACAUUAGACACCUGUGGAAUAGUAGUUAAUUCUCCUAUGAUCACAUUUACACCAGAUAUCUAUACACAGGUUAAAAAAGACCCAGGAUGCAGAGAUGGCCUGGGUGCAGCGCCUCAGCAGCGUUACUUAGAGCACCUGACUGUGAAGAAAAGCGACAGCAAAGACAAAAAUCAUGGGUUCUAGUAAUAACUGUCUUGUUUACUGCAAUUAGACAUAACUGAGCAAAUAACAAUGCAUCAAAUUAAUAUUCAAAAUAGCCCACACAAUUGUUUAUUAUGUAAUAGAAUAUGUCAAGUUGAGUUUACAGAAUUGUACUUCAAGCAGUUGUACAUGAUCAGAAAAAUACACAUGUGUGAUUGGUUGAUAAUAGUUAAGUGUAAAUCCAGUUAAUUAUUGAAACUCAAAUUCUCUGAAAAUAAUACAUUAGAAGUAUGUUUUAGGAGUUGUUCUAAAUUUUGAAAUUAAAAAUACGUAGUUCCAAAAUAGAUGAUUGCAUGGCAGAUAAUAAUUUUGUCUACCAUUUUCAGAAUACAUGAUCCAUGAACUGGGUACAACACAUAAUGAAAAAAUAUAAAUAAACUGUCCCAUUCACACAUGACUCCUCUUAAAUAGAUUUCAAAUAAUUCUGCAAUCAGCUUCAAAAUUCCCUACCAUGUUUCUUUCAAAAUAAGAUGAAUGAAUAAAGCAUAGAAUUUACUGUUAUAAGUGUAUUAAUGUAAAAUUCAUUUUAUAAUAAAGAGAUGGUGAACUC